UAUUCUCGAAUAAAAAUCAAUUAUCUUUUUAUUUUUGAAUGUUAGGCUAUACUUUCUGGAUGUUCAGCGGGAGGAUUGGCAACAAUUUUGCAUUGCGAUAAUUUCAGAAUGUUAUUACCAAAUAAUGUUAAAGUUAAAUGCUUUUCUGAUGCUGGUUAUUUUAUUCACCGGUAAUUAUUCUUGUUUCUCAGUUCUCAUUGAUAUAUUUGUAAUUCAAUUAUAGUUACUAUUCAUUUAAUUCUUCAUAGUAUUAACAAAUUAAUGUGUGUUAUGUCUAGCAACGAUAUUUCAGGGAAACCGUACAUUGAACAGUACUUCAAUGAUGUUGUCACUUUACAUGGCUCAGCCAAAAGUUUGCCUUCGUCAUGUACUUCAAAGUUGAAACCAGGCUUGUGCUUUUUUCCAGAAAAUGUGGCUCAACAAAUUAAAACGCCACUUUUCAUCAUAAAUGCAGCGUAUGAUCAUUGGCAAGUAAGAAACAUUUUGGUGGCUCCUGGUAGUGAUCCUAAGGGUGCCUGGACAAGCUGCAAAGCUAAUAUAAAAAAUUGUACACCAAAUCAGCUCAAAAUACUUCAAGGUUUCAGAAAGGAUUUUUUAAAGGCAUUGGAUGGGCUAGGCCCAUCUUCAACAAGAGGAUAUUACAUCAACUCUUGCUUUUCACAUUGCCAAUCUCAACAACAAGCCUAUUGGUUUGGCCUCAAUUCACCUAGAUUAUUCAACAAGACUAUAGCUGAAGCAGUAAGAGAUUGGUUUUUGGAGACAGAUCAAUAUCGACAUAUUGAUUGCCCUUAUCCUUGUGACAAAACAUGUGUUGUAGACACUGAUAUAACUACUUCACAAUACAAGUUAUCCUGGGAUUAGUUAUGUUGGAAUAAUAAGUUAUGCUACUCAUGGAUAGCGGGGGCAGAGUUGAUAAACACCAGUCAUUGGUGAUUAGCAAUGAAUAGUGAAAGUACAUCUCUACAAAAAUCUUGUAUGAAUAACAUUUAAAUGAUUCUCUUUA